AUGACCUCCCUGUGCGCGCCCUCGUCUCUAUGCCCCUGCAUGGUGUCGCAGAGGCGUCUCCUCGUCAAAUCUUCCAUCGUCACCGCUAUUGCCACCCCUGCAUCGGGGUCAGGUAACAAAUACUCUUCCAUUCACCUCGUCCCCUGUUGCGCUGCUUUAGGUUCCUCCCUGUUCUGUGACUAUUUAUGUGUCUCCAAAUAUCGUGCUGGAAUUCAGCCGUUUAUGAGAGUACAUUGGUGUCGUUGCUUUCUUUCUGUAAUACGCCUAUUUGCUCGGCCUGGUUGCACAUUUGCAUUUUGGUUCUCUUUUUCGCAUUUCACAGUGUGGACAAGUUUCAGUUGAACACUUUUCUGUUGAAGGUUCCCGGGGUAUCUUUGCAUUUUUUUCCACUUUGUAUCCUACAGCAAUGGUACCGUGAUGCUUUUUUUAAUAUUUAUCGUGACUUAAGUCUUCACAGUAUUUUGAAUAGUGUUUUAUUAGCUUGAAAAUUUUCGCGGAACGUAGCCAUUCUUUCAAUGAUUCCUGGGAAUUAUUAUUAGUCUUUUAAUGAUUAGCACAUGUGCUUCUAUCCCAUGAUUUUAUCCUUUAUAAGUCGCAUAGGAAGGAGCUUCUUUUAAAUCUAAAAUACUUCCUUUAACGAGCAUUUUCUUCAGACUUUUAAUUUGGUGGAUUCUUCUGUAGGUCUUCCAUAACUGAAUAGUUGGAAAAUCGUGGGUCCAGUGAUUUACAUGUGUUAUUUGGAGGAAGAAUUCAGUAGAAGUUUCGGCAUUUUAGACAUUUGUUCUUUGUUUAUCAUCUGUGAAGAUAGUUGCUAUCGCCCUAACUCCAAGAAAAGGACGCUCGCCUUUUCUCAAUAUUUUUUCUUACAUGCUAGAAACUGCUACUUAUUGAUGGUAAAGUUUUACAUCCAGUUCUCUUUGCUCAUUUUAUUUUCAAUUCUUUCGGUGGUUUCGUUAGGUGUGAGAGGGUCUAGGCCACCCCGAAAGCGAUCUGGAAGAUUGGAAGGUGCUAGAAAGAGUAUGGAAGACUCUGUUCAGCGAAAGCUGGAGAAGUUUUAUGAGGGAUCAGAUGGGCCCCCACUCCGAGUUCUCCCAAUUGGUGGGUUGGGAGAAAUUGGAAUGAAUUGUAUGCUUGUUGGAAACAAUGAUCGUUACAUAUUGAUCGAUGCAGGAGUCAUGUUUCCAGAGUAAGUUAUGCUAGGUCAAUUACAGAAAUGUGGUAUUGGAUCCGAGAAUUGCGUACUAUUGAUCUCGUAUCAGCAACCUUGACAUUAUUUUUGCUUGGCUAUAAUCCUUAUUUUUUAUUUCCUUAUUUGUCUCCAUUAGAAUCUAGAGUAAGUUCUUUACUAAAUAAUCAUUGCGAAAAAUUUACUCUUUGAUUUCAGUUUCCAUGAACCUUGACGAAUUACUAAAUAAUCAUUGUGGUAUUUUAUGAUCGUUUUCUUUUUCCUUUACCUAUUUAAUCAUGCAAUACUCUUUCCAUUUACGUGUCUAUCCUUCAUACGUCUACCAGUUUUUCUUACCACAUCGAUUUCUCCUGAUUUCCCAUCUUAUGUUAUUUGCUUGUAGUUAUGAUGAAUUGGGGGUCCAGAAAAUUAUACCUGAUACCACAUUCAUAAAAAAAUGGAGCCAUAAGAUUGAAGCAGUUGUGAUCACACAUGGUCACGAAGAUCACAUAGGUGCAUUGCCUUGGGUACGAUUCUCUUUGUUGUCUGGACUUCCUCGAUCUUAUGGAAAAUAUUAUUCUAAGCUUUUUUUAAUUUUGAACUUGACUUUCUCAGAUUUGUAAUAAAGGUGUCUGACAUUUAGCAUUUAUUGUUAUUGAAUGCUUGUUGACGACAGGUCAUUCCAGCCUUGGAUGCAAGUACCCCAAUAUUUUCUUCAUCCUUCACAAUGGAGGUACUGUUUUGCAUAGUUAACUGUAGUGUAAGCAGCUUAUCUAUUUUCUGAGUUAUCUUCUACUGAUUUUUAGCUUGGUUUGUCUCUAGAUUCUAGUUCUGACAUUACUUUUUUUUCGUUGCUUCUCAAUUUCUGGGAUAUAUUUAUCCAAUCAAUUUUCUCAUUUUUUAAUGGGGGGUUGCAAUCGUUCAUUAACAAUAACUGAUCCUAUUUUUAUACAUGCAGCUCAUUAAGAAGCGUCUGAAGGAAUUUGGGAUUUUUGUCCCAUCGAGGCUGAAAGUUUUCAAAAUAAGGAAGAGGUUCCAGGCUGGACCCUUUGAAGUUGAACCUAUUCGUGUGACCCAUUCCAUUCCUGAUUGCUGUGGAUUGGUGCUACGAUGUAGUGAUGGUACAAUUCUUCAUACUGGGGACUGGAAGGUAAAUGAUGGCUUCUACUUUUUUUGUUAUAAGUUUGAUUGAAGUUGGUAGAUUGAGUAUGUGUGCUCUUCAGAUUGAUGAGUCACCUGUGGAUGGAAAAGUCUUUGAUCGUGAAGCUUUGGAGGAGCUCUCUAAAGAAGGCGUCACUUUAGUAAGCCUUGUUUCGAAAUUCGAUCCAUGUUUCUUCUAGUUCUUUCGCCCAUAAGAACUUCCUAACACUCAUCAUCUGUUUCAAGAUAAUGUUUUUAAGGCAAUCAUUAUAAAAUGGUCAUUUUGCGGUCGAUUAUGUGAAUUUAAUUGUAUGCUGUUUUCAUUAAGUACUAAUUACUACCAGUGCCGUAAAAAAUGGAAUUGUGUCUUUCUGGUUGAGUCCCAUCUUGAAAUGUCCAAAUCGUAUCUUAGUAAUCACUCUUGAUUGGAUCCCGCAAUCUCUCUUGUUAGAAGAACCUGAGUUGGUUAAAUAUAAAAGUAAACCUGUGAUUAAAAAAACGGCCCCAUCGGUUGAGUUUUAUGGGCCAAUAGUUCUAACAUCUUUGAGGUAAUAUAAAUUGAAACAGAUCCAAUUGGGAGCCAUUAGAUGCGCUUAUACCAAUGAACAUCAGUUUAACUUUUGGAGAUUGCUAUUGUCUGCAUAAGCUGUUGGCUCAUAAGGUUUCCUAAGUAACAGACAAUCUCCAUAGCUUCUGUUCUCCUAAUAUUUGUGUAAUGUUUACAAACUUACAAUUGCGUUAUUUAGACUUCUUAUGUUGCCUAGUCUGCUUACUCAUAAGAUUAGACUCCUUUCCGGCAAGAUGUAGUCAUGUCAAGGAAGCUGAACUCGCAUCCGUUUUGACAACAUUGGCCUCCGUUAAUCCUGGAAAAUAAUAAUUGUUUUCCGUUUUCAGAAAUGCACUACAUAGUUUGACAGUAGAUAUCUUUUAUUUAUUGGUUCAUAUGAGAAUGACCAAUUUAUAUACAUUCUCUGUACUGUUUCAACUUUUCCAGAUGAUGAGUGACUCGACCAAUGUACUUUCACCUGGAAGAUCUGUCAGUGAGACUGUUGUAGCAGAUUCUUUGUUACGACAUAUUUCUUCUGCUAAAGGAAGGGUUUUAACCACACAAUUUGCAUCUAAUAUACACCGUCUUGGAAGCGUAAAGACAGCUGCUGACUUGACUGGUCGAAAAAUGGUAACUGCUGCUUCAUCUUAUCAACUUCUACUCGGGUCUAUGUUUCCAGAUCGACUCAUUCAUUGCUUGGCCAAUUCUAAUGUGGAUCAAGAAUAAGGUAAUAUGAUUAAUUUUAGUACUUUGGUUAAUGUAAUAGGUACUCGUUGGAAUGUCCCUGAGAACUUAUUUGGAUGCUGCAUUCAAAGAUGGAAAGGCACCAAUUGAUCCAUCAACGUUGGUAUGAAAGAUAAAACCUUACAUGAUGCCAUUGAAUGUUUUUAUUGCCUCAUCAUUUACAUUUCAUAUGAUGGUUGCUAUUGAAUGAUCUGAAGUAAGAAUGACUUACUUGGAAAGUUCAGUAUGAUAGAAGGUAAAGCAGAUAAAAGAAUUCAUGUUCAUAGUACCCGAAACUAUUCUAUGACUCGGAAUUGGUUCUUCCAUGGACUUACAUUGCAUACUUACACAGGUUUUCCGUAAAUAAUUUCUUUUUUAAACUUUUUUGAAAGACCAAAAAGUCUCUUUUUCUGAAUACAUUAUUUCUAGAUGACAUGAUUUUGGAGCCAAGAACUUUAUUUAUUCUACCGUAUCAAAGUAUUUCUAUUAAUAUCUUCAGUGGUAUGGUGUCAAAUAAUAUAAAAAACUUCUUGCAAAGAGUACACAAAAUUCCGUGCCAAAAUAAUGUCUGGAGCUUUGUAGACUAUAUAAUACCCUAACAUCCCAGAAUGGCCAAUUAAUUCAGAUGUUGGUAGCUCUUAUUAGAUUGACUUUCUAUGCAGGUGAAAGUGGAGGAUAUUGAUGCCUAUGCACCAAAAGAUUUAUUGAUUGUCACAACUGGGUCUCAAGUAAGAUGUUUUGCAGCAGACGUGCAAUUGUCGAUCAACUUUCUUUUCUAGUGGUUUUAAUCAUCUAUCUAAUCUGAAAUAUCGUGUCAGGCAGAACCACGAGCUGCUCUAAAUCUUGCAUCGUUUGGAAGCAGCCACUCACUCAAACUGGGCAAGGAUGAUGUCAUUUUAUAUUCAGCUAAGGUAAUGCUUGUUUCAUCAUCCCUAAGGAAUUUUUUUAAUACAGAUGGAUGUGCUUAGGACUUCGCCAGUUGGUAAUUUUACUCAUGGCCGUUGCGAGUGGAUGGGUUGAUCAGAUCAGCCAGACCUGAUCCUAUCCAAAUGAAUUAAUUGUGUCAAGCCUGUCGAUGCCAAAACCUGUCCUGCCAGACCCGGUCUUAUUUUUUAAAAUUUAUUUCUAGUGAUCUUACAGAAUUGGCCACUAUCAGGCCCCUAAAUCAACUGUACCCUGUCCAAUUUUCGGGUGGUUCACUAAUAAAGUUUAUAUGUAUGGGGGACUCGGAACUCUCCAAAAUCUCCAAAGGUCUGUUGGCAAUUUAGAUGCAGCUUGUUGCUUGAUUGAACCCCGACGUUUUUGUUGAACUCCAAAAGCCUGUUUGUUGUAUUCCAAUGGUUCUAGGGAAGAAAAAAAUGAGAGGGCGUUUAAGGAAAGGACAGUAAGACUUCAUUUUUCAUUCAAUUUAUCAUGUCAACAAUCUCCCCAGUGUUUCUGGGGACAUGCCUGUGGAUUUUACCUCUGUAUUUGACAGGUUAAAAGGGAUAAUUCGUUGGUACAUAUUUUUGUAUUUUGUGAUGCCUUUAUGUAUUGAUCAUUACCCUGUGCACUUUAUACAUUUAACUUGCUCUAAACUACUCUCUCCUUUAUAUUGUAUACAAAUAGGUCGAAUACCAAUUUCAUUUUUAACUUCUACUAAAUAUAACAUUCUCUGACAGAACGUCCCUCAGCUGAUCUCAUAUCUCGGUCAACUUAUGCUGCCAGUAAAAUGUAGCGUGAACUUCUGUUGAAGAAGAUGCUAAAAUAGCUCAAUUUAUUAUUAUAUUGACGUUCUAGCAUCGUUUCUUCAGGUAAUCCCUGGGAAUGAAACUCGAGUGAUGAAGAUGCUGAAUCGGAUUUCUGAUAUUGGUUCAACUAUCAUAAUGGGUAAAAAUCAGGGGCUUCAUGCGUCUGGUCAUGCAUACCAAGGAGAGCUGGUGAGUAUACAAUGACUGGUCAAUCAUAGAAACGUUGCCAGUCACACUGUCUUUGUGGCUUAUUGUCUCGUGAUUCCCUCUGCCAAUGAGCGUGCUUGAGUCUGUUUUUCAAGGAUCGAAUAUAACAGGCAAUUGAUCUGGUUGUUGCAGGAGGAAGUUCUCAGGAUUGUGAAACCUCAACAUUUUCUUCCCAUUCAUGGAGAGCUUCUCUUCCUCAAGGAACAUGAGUUACUUGGAAAGUCAACUGGCAUCCGACAUACAACUGUGAGCCAUUUUCUUUAGUGUUUGUCCUUUUGACGUUCUUUUCUUUGAAUACAAUAUGCAUGACAUCUUUUGUUCAGAAAGACAAGUAUUUCACGACUUUUGCAUAGAGCAUUCUCAAAGAACUGCAUAUUGUCACCUUAAAAGACAGAAAAAUUUACUUGGUGUCAACGUGGUUUGCCCCUACCAUACAUCCAGCAUAAUGAUGUUGAGAUGUGUUUGCCAUGUGAGCAGCCUGUUCAUGUAAUAACUUAAAGACCAGUGUAAUGGACUUGACCUGACCAUGGGUGACCGUGUCUUUGUGGAAAGUACUUUGAUAAAAGACUGGUCUUCUUCUCAGAAAAACUGUAGGAGGGGCAACUCGGAUGAUAACUCAUCAAAGAGAAACAAGCGAGAAAUCGUGAGUUUGACUCAUCAACGUACGCAGAUAUUCGGAAAUUAACUGGUUUAAAGAGUAAGGACAUGGGGCCAUAACUUCAGCUGGAUACCAACGCUCCUGGGCCCCUGCUGCUUUGGGAAUGAAUUCACGUUUGUUUCAUAGACUAAAUUUGGUUGGAGACUUGCAGGUUGUCAAUUUAAUUCAAGGUAUCUGAAAGCGAUCCAGGUGCGGUAUACUUUGUAUCCAGCAUCAUGUGGUGUAGUAGAGUGAGAUGAGUGUUGAGUCUGAAUCUGAUGUUAUUAAUCCUUGGAAAGAAGUUACAAAUCAUGAAAUUUAUCCCUCCACGAGCAUAGAGAUUAUAAGCUGUGAUCGUUUAGAGGGCACUACAAUGUGGAUAAAUCAUACCUUCAAGGUGUUGCAUGCUGCUUGUGAACUGAACAGUUAGGCUAGCCUCAUAGAAUUAUCUGGCUUGGAGUUUUGCCGAUAAUCCUGUAACUAAGUUAAUCGUAACCGUAGGUCUGUAGCAUAUCCUCUAAGGGCGAAUAUUUAUCUUCACUUUAGAGCAGGUUGGGUGGCCAAUAGCUUGUGGGACUAUUUUCAUUCUAAAUUUUACUAAAGUGAAUGACUUAGUUUAGUUUGGAUGCAUGAGCAUGGAUUUAAUCCUGAAAAUUGAGUGUUCUCAAUAAAUUGACCAAUAUCUGAGUUUUUGGCUUGCAUUAGUUCUACUGAGAGGGUUGCAUAAUGGAAACAGUGAUAGUACUUUUUGGCUUGCAUUCACCAACAAUAUUUUCCUGUUUACUUUAGGUAAUAAAAAAUGGAGAGAUGCUGGGAGUUUCGCAUCUCAGGAACCGAAGAGUUCUCUCAAACGGUUUUACUUCACUUGGAAAGGAAGAUUUUCAAGUAGGCAUUGCUUCUGAAUUGUUUCUUAAUUUUUGGUCUGUGCAUGUUUUUAAAGCUGGAUGGUAAUAUAAAUUGCCUAUGACAGUUCAUGUACAGUGACGGUGAUAAAGCAUUUGGAACCUCAAGUGAUCUUUGCGUCGAUGAAAGAUUAAGAAUUGCGUCAGAUGGCAUCAUUGUCGUCAAGUAAGUGGAAACAAAUCCAAGAUUGACAUAUCUAACGAUCAAAGAACUAAAUGUUAUGAGGAAGUUCUUCCAAGUUUGAGUUUUUCUGUCUUUUUCUACAUUGAGGGAUAUGUAACAUUCUUUAGGUAUUUAAACUCUGAUAUCCUUCUUUAUUUUAGGCAGAUAUUUUCCAAUUAAUUUUCAACUUUGAAAUGAAAGCUUUGAUUUACUUUAGCCCAUUUAUUAUGAAGAAUUUUUUAAUUUACAUUUCCUUGAACUAAAGCUUGGGAAUAGUAAAAAGGCUGUUACCAUAUCUAAAGAUAUCACUGGUGCUUUUCUGCAUAAUGGAGCUUUGUUAGGUUGCUGAGAUGUAGCUUCAAGUGAGCCAUGAGAAUAUAAUUUAUUUAUUUUCUAGUCCUUCUGUGGAGAGAACUUUUUUCUUUUUCACCUUCAUAUUAGUUAUGAAGUCAUUGAUUACAGAAAAGCUCUUAAAAUUGAGUAUUCAUAAAUCCUCUUUCCGUCUAAUGUUAGAAAUAUUUGGUGUUCAUUUAUGAACUGAAGGAUACCUACUUGUUCUUAGCACAAUCUCACUUCAUCGGAUGCUAGAAUAUAUCCUCCUCACAUGGUUUUCGCAUGCCCUUUUCUUUUAAUCCUACUCCUCUUGUCAGGAGAACUCUGCCAAAAAAUACAAAAUAAAAAAUCCGUUGAUCGUCUAUCCUCAUUAAAAAAAGCUUGCAAAUUGAUGAGAUAGGGACCCGACGAUGAUGAUGAUAACACUGCACUUCACAUCGUGAAAUAAACAGCCGGGUGUGAUUCGACUCUCCCUACUGGGUAUGAAUCAGGGCAUGAUGGUCUCUGCGAGCCAGACUGGCUCAGUACCUAGAAGAGGCUCAGUCUUCACCUAUAUAUGCCUUUUCCAAUAACAGUACCGGUCUUGGUAAAAGGGCAACCUGGAAUCUUUCCUGAAGAAAAUAAAGAGAAAAAAACUGCAAUGUUUCCUGUCAUAUGCUUCAGUGAAUUUUGCGAUUCUGCCGUUUUUUUUAUGAGGUUAAUGAUUUAACUAUUUCAACAUCAUACCCAAUUUUCUCUUCAGUAAUUUUCACUUAUGAUUUUUACAUAUGAUGACAUAUUUAACUGCCUGAGGCUUGUUUUGUUUCUAGGAUCCCCACACUUUCUUGCCUAAGUUCUCAAUCUAUUAAUCUCACAUGAUUUCUUAAUAAUAGAUAUAUGACUGUAUUUUCCUAAGUUUUCACAUGACAUCAGGUACAAAAUUAAGGUAUUUAGCCAUUCAUGGCAGAAUUAACUUCGGCAUGUGAAUAUCAUAUGUAAUAGAAUCAUAAAACAUUUAUUCUCUUUAUUUCUCCUUUAAAUCUCACUGGAUUUCUCUGCAGUGCUUUUGACGAUCAUAACUGAUAGAUAUAUUAUUAUUUUUCUUGUUUCAGCAUGGAAGUCUUCCGGCCACAGAUUAAUGGUUCUUCGCAAACAGUUCUCAAGGGGAAAGUAAGGAUCACCACACGCUGCCUGUGGCUCGACAAAGGGAAGCUCCUGGACGCUCUGUACAGAUCCGCCCACGCUGCUCUCUCGAGCCUCCCCAUAAACUCUCCGUUGAAUCACAUUGAAAGGAUCGUCUCCGAGGUCUUGAGGAAAAUGGUCAGGAAGUAUAGCAGUAAACGGCCCGAAGUGAUCGCAUGUGCCAUAGAAAACACUGCCGGGACCUUCGUUGAGGAGGUGAGGACCCAACCGAGCAUAAGAUCCCACAGCAGCUUCGAAUUCUCUUUCGGGAACCUUUCCAGUCUCAGCGGCAGGAGGAGGCCAAAGGAAUCAGCCGAUGAAGAAGACUGUGAUCCCGCCAUUAAUCUUUCCCAAAGCCUGGAGGAUCAAGAGCCCAGAGGUGCUCUAAUCUCGGUUCAUCUAAUUUAGGCAACGAUCGCUCCUGUGUCGUUCUUCAUUCCUAGUCUUUAUUUAUUAUUUUUUCUAUUUUUAUUCAUGCAGGUGAUGACUCCGAGGAUGGGAAUCUCCCGGGCAAGUACAAAUCUGUGCAUUCCAGCUUAAUCUCCUCGCUCUCGCAGUCACUUGCAGAGUCUGAUGUCUCAUCGGCCGACGAGGCCUUGGAUGGUGGCGGCAAUGGGCGGCUCCCUUUGGAAGCUCCCAUGGAAAUCACCCGGCCUGAAGCUGAGGAGGCGCUUUCUGAGGAGGUCAGUACCACCGCUGCCUCUCAGGCAACGGCCGCGGCAGCGGCUGCCGCCAAGGCGGCGGCAAAGCGGAACAAGUGGAAGCCUGAGGAGAUCAAGAAACUGAUCGAGAAACGGAGCGAGCUGGAUGAUCGAUUCAGGGCGGUGAAGGCCAGGAUGGUCCUCUGGGAGGAGAUAUCUGCCAACCUGCUGCAACACGGUGUUGAUCGCUCCCCGGGUCAAUGCAAAUCCCUCUGGUCUUCCCUGGUUCAAAAAUAUGAGGUCUUCUUCUUCCUCCUCCUCACUCCAACCUUGCAGAAGCCAAUCUCUCAUUCUUCAUCAAUGGAGAGAACCCUGGUUAACGCCUCUUUUUUUGGUGUGUGCGCAGGAAGCCCGAGUUGACGAGAAAACAAGGAGAAGCUGGCCCUACUUUGACUCCAUGAGCAAAGUCCUCUCCACCGCCACUGCCACUGAGGAGGCGGCUGCCAAUUGA